CCAUGGACUCGGUUAUGCACACCUUACAUGCCAUCACUGUGUUGUGUAGUGUUCCUGCCGCUUUCUGUUACGCUAUCACUGCUUCUACAACCGGGACAUCACCAUACUUUCUGCGGCGUCUGUGGCUCCGUUUUCUUCAACUUUCCUUUUAACAAAUCAUGAAAGGAACUCUAGACCUAGACUUGAUAAUUUUACUGAUCACAGCAAGUUAGUAAAGACAAGCAACGACACAACAUGUCGAUCCCAGGGGUCCGAUGGCACCUUCAAGGUAGUCAUGUGGUGAUGGAUAAUGGCAUACUCCAAGUUACCUUAUCAAACCCUGAGGGAAUUGUUACUGGGAUUCGAUAUAACGGUGUUGACAAUUUGCUUGAGGUCCUUAACAAGGAGACUAAUAGAGGGUACUGGGACCUUGUUUGGAGUGCACCAGGAAGCAAAGGAAUCUUUGAUGUGAUAAAAGGAACAUGUUUUAAAGUUAUAGUUCAAAACGAGGAACAGGUGGAGCUUUCAUUCACACGAAUGUGGGAUCCUUCUCUUGAGGGAAAGUUUGUUCCCUUAAAUAUUGAUAAAAGAUUUAUAAUGCGCCGUGGUUCAUCAGGCUUCUACUCUUAUGCAAUAUAUGAGCACUUAGCUGGAUGGCCAGAUUUUGACAUUGGUGAAACGAGGAUUACUUUCAAGCUGAGAAAAGACAAGUUCAAUUACAUGGCUAUAGAAGACAAUAGGCAAAGGAUUAUGCCUCUUCCAGAUGAUCGGUUACCAGGAAGAUGCCAGCCCUUGGCCUACCCAGAAGCUGUCCUGCUAGUCAAUCCCAAAAAUCCACAACUCAAAGGCGAGGUGGAUGACAAGUAUCAAUAUUCAUGUAAAAACAUAGAUAAUCAAGUUCAUGGGUGGAUAUCUUUCAACCCACCAGUGGGAUUCUGGCAGAUCACGCCCAGUGAUGAGUUUCGUUCUGGUGGACCCCUCAAGCAGAAUUUGACCUCACAUGUUGGCCCUACCACACUUGCUAUGUUUCUUAGUUCACACUAUGCUGGACAAGAUUUAGAUCCCAAAUUUAGAGGUGGUGAACCAUGGAAGAAGGUUUUUGGUCCUGUCUUUAUUUAUCUCAACUCUGGAUCAAUUGGUGAUGACACACUUUGGCUGUGGGAGGAUGCUAAAAUUCAGAUGACAACUGAAGUCGAAAGUUGGCCAUAUUUUUUCCCAGCUUCAGAGGAUUUUUUGAAGUCAGAUCAACGGGGUAAUGUUAGUGGUAGGCUACUUGUGUUAGACAGGUGCAUCAGCUCAGAUUUGAUGCCAGCAAAUGGUGCUUAUGUUGGUCUUGCCCCACCAGGAGAGGCAGGGUCUUGGCAAAGAGAAUGCAAGGACUAUCAAUUCUGGACCAGAGCAGAUGAGAAUGGAUUUUUUGCCAUUAAGAAUGUACGUCCAGGGGACUACAACCUUUAUGCUUGGGUCCCUGGUUUUGUCGGAGACUACAGAUUUGAUGAUCCGAUGAAGAUAGAUUCAGGUUCCUAUAUCGAAGUGGGUGAAAUUGUGUAUGAGGCCCCAAGAGAUGGACCCACGUUGUGGGAAAUAGGCAUUCCUGAUAGAUCUGCUGCAGAAUUUUACAUUCCUGAUCCAAAUCCACAUCUCAUUAAUAGGCUUUUUGUCAACCACCCAGACAGGUUCAGGCAGUAUGGAUUGUGGGACAGGUACACAGAACUGUAUCCUGAUGCUGAUUUGAUUUACACAGUUGGUGCUAGUGAUUAUUCGAAAGACUGGUUUUUCGCUCAGGUUCCCAGAAAAAAAGAGGAUAACACUCUUCAAGGAACAACUUGGCAAAUUAAGUUUGAACUCAAUAAUGUUGCUCGGGGAAGUACAUAUAAACUAAGAGUUGCAAUUGCGUCUGCAACAUUAGCCGAAGUGCAGAUUCGAGUAAAUGAUCCAAAUGCAAAGCGUCCCCUAUUUACCACUGGAUUAAUAGGAAGGGACAACUCAAUUGCAAGACAUGGGAUUCACGGGCUCUAUCGGCUGUACAAUGUGAAUGUACCAGGUGUUACUCUUGUUGAUGGCAGAAACACUAUAUUUUUAACCCAACCAAGAUGCAACAGCCCUUUCCAGGGGAUCAUCUACGAUUAUAUUCGUUUGGAAGGUCCUCCUUGUUUUUAAAGAAUAACUUCAAUAUCCUUUUACGCUAAACAUAAGGACAGAAAUACAUUUGGUGCAAAAUUGUGGGGCGUAUACAUCACCUUGGAAUGCCAGUCAUUGGUAGUGUUAUAUUCUAUUAUCAAUCAUUUCUUGUACUCAGUCUUGUGACUUGAAUUAUAAAGACAGGAACCGUAGCAUACAUUAUCAUGCACACAUAAUUUAUGUACAGCCACACUUUUGCAGACAUCUUCCAUUUUACUUUAGUGAUGUUAGAAUUU